CAUUUGAAAUCUUUUUCUAGAUUCAGCAACAGAGCCAUUUGGCGAACAGGCUGAGGUGACCAUGCGCACCAACUUCUGGGGAACACUGUGGGCGUGCCAUGCUCUUCUGCCGAUACUUCGACCCAAUGCUCGGGUGGUCAACGUGUCCAGCUUUGUUAGCAAGAAAUCCCUUGACAAGUGCAGUCCUGAACUACAGGCAACAUUCCGAAAUAAAGAUUUAUCUGAGGAGGAGUUGUGCCUGCUGAUGGGAGAGUUUGUUCAGGCUGCACAGGCAGGGGAUCAUACGGCUCAGGGCUGGCCAAACACUGCCUAUGGUACCACCAAGAUCGGUGUGACUGUGCUAUCAAGGAUCCAGGCUCAAGUUCUUACCGAGACAAGGCCAGGGGAUGGUAUCCUCCUGAAUGCUUGCUGUCCAGGAUGGGUGCGAACAGACAUGGCUGGACCAAAUGCUACCAAGGGUCCAGAGGAAGGGGCAGAAACUCCUGUUUAUCUGGCCAUGCUGCCCGAAGGAGCCAAAGAGCCACAUGGACAGCUAGUGUGGGACAAGACUGUACAGGAAUGGUAGCGUGAAGAAAGGAGGCGUCAUCAGUUCAUUCCAUCUGAAAAGAAUGUCAUGAUUACAUCUGAUAGGAAAGACUUUUCCAAAAUAUGCUGACAUGAAAAGAAUACUGUACAUUUUCACUUCUACAUCAUUAAAUUACAUUCUAAAAUGCUCUGACAUGUACUUGCUUCAGUUUUCUUGAAAGUAACUGUGUGAUUUAUAGAUACGAUAUGAGCUCACCAUAUCUUAUUUUCAGUAUCUGUUCAGUUUCUAGGGUCAUUUUGUUUAUCUUGCUAAGAUAAACAGAUUUUGGCCUCAAAUGCUUCUUCCA